UCUCUCUCUCUCUCCCUCUUUCCCAUAAAGCAGAGACGCCCUCUCACCUAAACCCUUCAAAAGCCUUUCAAACGUCUCCCACUCUCGCCUUGUCUUAUCAGGGAGCACAGUUAUCGGCCAAUGGCGAACGUUACCCAACUGCCCUGCGACGGAGACGGCAUUUGCAUGGUCUGCAAGGCCACCCCCUCCGACGAAGAGAAGCUCACCUGCAGAACGUGCGCCACCCCCUGGCACGUCAGCUGUCUCUCGUGCGGUCGUCCAGAGACCCUUGCCUCCGCUCUCCAAUGGGAAUGCCCCGACUGCUGCACCUCCGCCGGAGACUUCCCGCCGGUGAAGGCGCCCGGCGGGGUCUCCGACGACCUAAUCGAUAAGAUCCGGGCAAUCGAGGCUGAUGCCUCCCUGACGGAGAGAGAGAAGGCGAAGAGGCGGCAGGAGUUGAUGGUGAGCGGAAAGGCCUGCGUUGACGGAGAGGAGGAGGAGGAGGAGAAGAAGAAGAAGGCGAGUGGAGGAGAUGUGUUGGAUCUUCUGGGUGGGAGCUUCAACUGCUCCUUCUGUAUGCAGCUACCGGAGAGACCUGUUACGACGCCAUGCGGGCACAAUUUCUGCCUAAAAUGCUUCCAGAAAUGGGUUGCGCAAGGGAAGCGUAAUUGUGCAAAGUGCCGCAGCUCCAUUCCUUCAAAAAUGGCGAGUCAACCCCGCAUCAAUUCUACCCUUGUAGUAGCCAUUCGUAUGGCAAAGAUGUCCAAGUCAAUUGUUGAUGGAGGGCCUUCGAAAGUUUAUCAUUUCGUACAAAACCAGAAUAGGCCUGACAAGGCGUAUACCACCGAGCGUGCACAGAGGAAUGGGAAGGCCAACGCUUGCAGUGGAAAGAUAUUUGUUAGUGUCUCCCCCGAUCAUUUUGGUCCUAUCCCUGCCGAAAACGACCCCGUAAGGAAUCAAGGUGUGCUUGUUGGGGAGACCUGGGAAGAUAGACUGGAAUGCCGGCAAUGGGGUGCCCACCUUCCACAUGUUGCUGGCAUUGCUGGACAAGCAGACUAUGGUUCGCAGUCAGUGGCUCUAUCUGGAGGCUACCAAGAUGACGAAGACCAUGGAGAGUGGUUUCUCUACACUGGGAGUGGAGGCAGAGAUCUUAGUGGGAACAAACGGACGAACAAGGAGCAGUCUUUUGAUCAGAAGUUCGAGAAACUGAACAAGGCACUUGAAGUUAGCUGCUUAAAAGGGUAUCCUGUUCGAGUUGUCAGGUCCCACAAAGAAAAACGCUCUUCAUAUGCCCCGGAAAAAGGGGUGCGGUAUGAUGGAGUCUAUAGAAUUGAAAAAUGUUGGCGAAAAGUGGGUAUUCAGGGAUUUAAGGUCUGCAGGUAUCUAUUUGUUAGAUGUGACAAUGAACCUGCCCCAUGGACGAGUGAUGAACAUGGGGAUCGACCUAGAUCUUUGCCUGUCAUCUCUGAGCUGAAGAAGGCAACGGAAAUAACGGAGAGGAAGGAAAGUCCAUCGUGGGAUUUUGAUGAGGAAGAGGGUUGCUGGAAGUGGAAGCAACCUCCGCCCCUCAGCAGAAAAAGGGUGAAACCAGUGAAUUCUGAGGACAUAAAGAGGUCAAGGAUAGCAAUAAAACGAGCUCAGAAUAUGAGUGUGAGGGAGAAGCUCCUAAAAGAGUUCAGUUGCCUUAUCUGUCGGCAGGUGAUGACUCUACCAAUAACAACACCUUGUGCACAUAAUUUUUGCAAGUUGUGUUUGGAAGGUGCAUUUGCUGGUAAAACUUUUAUGAGGGAGAGAAGCAGGGGUGGACGGGCGCUUCGAUCCCAAAAGAAUGUCAUGAGCUGUCCGUCGUGUCCAACAGACAUCUCUGAUUUUCUCCAAAAUCCUCAGGUGAAUAGAGAAUUAAUGGAUGUGAUUGAGUCGCUGAAAUCAAAGACUGAAGAGGAGAAUGGGAAGUCUAUUGAGGAGUCAAGUGAGGAAGCAGAUGGCUUUGAGCCAAGUGUUGAUCCGUCACCCACAAGCAGUGAAACGAAGACUGAAAAUCCAGAAAUUACAGGUGCAGAGGAUGGUGUGCAGAGUCCUCCAACCAAAAGCAAACCUAAAAGAAGCCUGAAGCAAAAGGAAGUUGAUGUUGGAGAAUGCUUGCUAGAGAACGAGGAUGGGUUGGAAAACAAGAUUCGUUCGAAGAAAGCUAAUGCUGAGGGUUGCUCAUUGAGACAGAGUGUUGGUCGAAAGACCAGGAGCAGAAAAGCUGAGGAGGAUGCUGUGGAUGAAAAUAUUGAUGUUGGUGUAAGGACCAGGGGCAGGAAAUCACAGAAAGUGGUGGAUGAAGGAAAUGAUUCUCCAUCAAGUCCUCUCGUUGUGCAAUCUGAUGAUGACUUUGAAUGAUUAAUGUUAUUGGUUGGAUCGUCAGGUUGACUCAUUUCAUUGGGUGGGAGUAUAUUGGGAAAAAGAGAUGUUGGUAGGCUUUUUGUGGUGACUUCAGGGUUUCUGUAUGAGAAUGGGGUUGAAAAUUGGAUGAUGCCUGACUUAGUUGAACCAUCUAUAUAAUAGAUGGUUUUUUUGUGAAUGCUUAGUCACAUUUGAUAUAGACUGUAGAAAUUAAGAACUAGUAAUAUUUCAUGGUUGUACUUCAUUUUUAAAAACAUUUGAGAAUGCAAUGCCUUGAUGCCCUGAUAA